AUGGCAGCUACCAUCGCCUAUGCUGGCUACGGAUAUGGUCUUGGACACUACGGUGGCUAUGGCGGCUACGGCGGAUAUGGCGGCUAUGGUGGUUAUGGGGGCUACGGAGGAUACAGUGGAUACGGUCACGGAUAUGGAGGUUACGGCGGUUAUGGCCGUGGCUACGGAGGCUACGGUGGUUACGGAGGCUACGGCCAUGGAUAUGGAGGCUACGGUCAUGGCCACGGAGGCUAUGGUCACGGAUACGGAUUCAAGAAGAUAAUCUACGGGCAUGGAUAUGGUCACGGCGGUUACGGUCAUGGAGGCUACGGAGGCUACGGAGGCUACGGCCAUGGCUACUAUGGAUAA